GAGAAAUAAAAAUUUCCCACAAAUAAAUAUUUUUGUUGGAUGAGAAAAAUACUUUAUUUUUUGUUCUUUUGAAUUACCUCAAGGAUUACUAAGAAUACUUGUGGAAUAGCCGAUUAUAUUGAUGAGUGAAUCUCCUGCAAGAUGUCAUGAUAUAAACAUAAAUAUUCCCUUUUCCUAAUAAACCAAUAAAAUAUGCAUCGAACCAAAAAGAGGUCAAUAGUGACCUCUCUAAAACAUACAGAACUCAGGUCAGCGAUACCCAAUAAAAGGAAACAUCAUAAGGUGCGAUUAAAAUUCGAAACGAUCCUCAUGGGACUCCGAAGCCUUAGUCGCAUAGUAAUACUGUUAGUAUUAGUACAAAAUGUUCAAGCCAAUCGCCCGCCACGUUUCAUUAUUGAAGGUCAAUCGGAGAUUGUGCUGCGUUUGAAAGAGAGUCCAGAGACGGAAGUUGGUACCUUAAUUUACACCCUCAAGGGCUAUGAUCCCGACAAUGAUCCCCUGACAUUUGGCAAAAGGCCAUCGGCCGACAGUGAAGUAAUACGCAUCGAAAACAAAGGUUCCAAUGAGGCCUAUGUUUAUUUAGCCAAAGAAUUGGAUAGAGAAACUCAGGAUGAAUACUCAAUAGUUUUAACGCUAACCGAUAACCACUACAACGACUACAAUUAUGUGACUCAAAGUUUCCUGCUCUUGGUGGAAGAUAUCAAUGAUAAUGCCCCAAUAUUUUUACCCUAUCAAAGUGCUAUUGAAAUACCGGAAAAUAGUGAACCUGGUAUUAUUACAUCCCUAGAGGCCGUCGAUGCCGAUGAGGGAGCCUAUGGUCAGGUGGUUUAUUAUUUGCAGGAAUUGGAGGGCGACAACGAUAUGUUUGCCAUUACCACAAAUCAGGGCAAGGGGGUAUUGAGUUUAAGCGGCCAAUUGGAUUAUGAGAGUAAGGCCUUGUAUCAAUUAAGAGUCUUGGCAGUGGAUCGUGCCAAUCAGGGUCCAGUGAAUACAGGGACGGCAGCUAUUUUGAUAAAAGUCAAAGAUGUGGAAGAUCAACCACCGGAAUUUGUGAAAGUCCAGCCAGUGGCGAGAAUAGCCGAAGAUGCUCCUGUGGGAACGAGGGUAAUGCGCGUCCUCUGUGUUGAUGGAGAUCGUGGUAUUAAUAAUCCCAUAGCCUAUGAAUUGGAAUCGAAUGAGUUGUUUGCCAUUGAGCGUAACACGGGUUGGAUAUAUACAAUACGGGAGUUGGAUCGUGAGGAUCCCAGUAAUCAAGUGAAUGGAGCUUAUAUACUGAAAAUCACUGCCAAAGAAAUAUCAAAGAAUCCCCACGCAUCGCCGCAAUCGUCCCAGGUGAGAACAGAGGUAACCAUUAUUGUAUCCGAUGUCAACGAUGAAAUUCCCACCUUCGGAGAAUCCAUCUAUCGCUGUGAGGUCAAUGAAAAUGCCCAAUCAAAUACUCCGCUGAAUUUCAUUGAUGGAGACAUUCGCCAUUUUGUCUACGACCGAGAUGUGGGUAAUAAUGGUACAUUUCGUCUAUUUCUGGACCCACCCAAUGAUCUCUUUGAAAUCGUACCCGAUAUUGCUGUGAAUGAGGCAAGCUUUAUGAUCCGUGUCAAAAAUCCCAAAGCUCUCGAUUAUGAGCAGUUGAAGGAGAUCAAUUUCACGCUUUUUGCCCGAGAAGUCGAUGAACCGAGUCGUUACUCCUCGGCUCAUAUACAAAUUUUCAUCAGAGAUCAAAAUGAUAAUUUUCCAGAGUUUUCCCAGAAUAUAUACAAUGUUUCACUGGCAGAGAAUAGUGAAAUUGGCACUACGGUGGCCAAAAUUGAGGCCAGUGAUGUGGAUUCGGGUGACUAUGGGACAUUGGGUAUAAGAUAUCUUAAUCUGAGGGGUGGGAUUGCCCAUUUAUUGCAUUUAAAUCCCAUAAACGGCGUGGUUACCAUCAAACAAUCCGGUGGUUCGGCAUUUGAUCGUGAAAUCGUAUCACGACAUUACAUGACCGUUGAAGCCAUUGACAAUCUUGGUCAGGGAAAUCGCAACACUGCCCAAUUAAUAAUUAACAUUGAAGAUCUAAACGACAAUGCUCCCACAUUUCUACAACGCCAGUAUGAAACUACUCUACUGGAAAAUAAACUAGAAUUUGAACACCCCCUACAAUUGGAGGCCCGUGACAAUGACCUGAAUGGCACAGAGAACAGUCAAAUAACCUAUGAAAUUGUUGAGGGAAUGUAUCGUGCAAAUUUCUCCAUAGAUCCAGAAUUGGGUAUUCUUCGGCCACUUAAUUCCUUCGAUUAUGAACGUUUGGUAGAACAUAAACCCCAUCACCACCAUCAUCAUCAUUCACAGGAACAGAAAGCCGAUAAGGGAGUUCGAGUUCUAGAUUUAAUGGUGAGGGCCCGUGAUUCCGGCAUCCCAAUGUUAUCGACCGUUGUCUCUGUACUCAUCUAUGUCCAAGAUAUCAAUGAUAAUCCACCCAUAUUCCUGAAAAAUUUCUAUUCAAAAAGUAUACCCGAAGAUUUGGCAGGUGGUAGCUCUGUGCUGCAAGUCGCUGCCAUAGAUCGUGAUGGCUCAGCACCAAAUAAUGUUAUAGUUUAUCGCAUUCAAUCGGGAGCCCAGGAUAAAUUUGUAAUAAAUUCGGAGUCGGGUAUUAUAUCGGUGGCUCAUGGUGCUAAUUUGGAUCCAGACUUAACGGAAAAUAAAACAACUCAAUACAGUCUGGCUGUGCUUGCCAUUGAUGGAGGCAUUGGAAAUUCCCAGCUCAUGAAUACGGCCACCGUUAAUAUAACCAUUAAAGAUGUGAACAACAAAUUACCAAUUCUUGCAGAGUUACCAACAAUACAAAUUAUUGAAAAUACCCCGGUGGGGACGCAAAUCUACAAAAUCGUAGCCAAUGACUCCGACGAGAACCCGAUAAUACGUUAUAAAAUUAAUGCCCACAAUUCGGAGGCACGUAACGAGGAGGGUACGAUAGUAAAACAAAGUGAAUACGAUUAUAUAUCCAUAUUUGAUUUGGAUCCCAUUGAUGGCACCCUACAACUGAUGAAAUUAAUUGAUCGGGAACGUGUCGAACAUAUAAAACUGGCUAUUGUUGUGGAGGAUUUGGCUGCUGCCAAGGGACGGCAGGUGGUGGAAAGUUUCUUGACCAUACAGGUGGCCGAUGAAAAUGAUAAUAAUCCGAAAUUCAAACAGCCAUUCUAUAAGAAAUCCAUAACUGAGAAUAGUAUGAAUGGUGUGUUGAUUGCCAAUGUGAUUGCCUAUGAUAUUGAUAAGAAUCGUACCAUAACCUAUAGUUUGGAGGGUAACCCCUUGAUACGACAAAUGAUCCAUAUGGAUUCACAUACCGGAGAAAUUGUGGUGGCCAAUAAAAUCGAUCAUGAACAAUAUCAAUGGUUGAAUUUUUCGGUGAGAGCCACCGAUUCUGGGGUACCGCCAAGAUCUUCACUGGUCGAUGUGUUCGUCUCGGUCCUAGAUGAAAACGAUAAUAAUCCAUAUUUUAUUGGUGGCUCAAAAAAUUACAGUAUUAGUGAAUCGGCGGUGGUGGGCACUCGAAUUGGUACCAUACAAGCGGCCGAUGCUGAUUCUGGGGAUUUUGGAAAAAUCACAUUUCUAAUGGAUCGCAUAAGUUCUCAGGGCAAAUUUUCCAUUGAUGCUGAUACGGGUGUUUUGAGUGUCAUCGACAAAUUAGAUCGAGAGGCAAAGGAUUUCUAUAUGCUGGUCAUUGAGGCGUGGGAUAAUUAUCAAUUCGGAUUUUUGGCUGGUGAAAGUCGUAAUGCAUUCAAGCAGGUUUUUAUUACAAUUUUGGAUGAAAAUGACAAUGUUCCCGAGGUAUCUAUGCCCUCAUCGUGUGUUUUGAUAACCGAAUAUCAUGAAUUGAAUGAAAAAAUCGCCAUCAUCAAAGGCAAAGAUGCCGAUGAUCCUCAAACACCAAACGGAAGAUUGGAAUUUAAAAUAACCAAAGGAAAUCAAGAGGAUUUAUUUGAACUGCGACAGAUUGAUGCCUGGAAUGCACACAUUUAUGCCCGAACAUCUUUACGCAAUCGUUAUGGGAAUCAUUCGCUGACAAUAACGACACGCGAUUUGGGUGCACCACCAAAUAUCGUUACCAAAAUACUCGACAUUUGUAUAUCCGAUUUUAAUGAUCAUGCUCCAGUGUUUAUACAACCGCUACACAAUACAACGGUGCGAGUUCCAGAAAAUGCCACAGUGGGUUCACUAAUACUCCAGGUAAUGGCCACCGAUGAGGAUAUUGGUAUGAAUGCUUUGGUCCACUAUCGCCUUAAACCUGAUCCCCUGGGUAGUUAUAAACUCUUCGAAUUGGAUUCGGAAACGGGACAUUUAUUUUUGAAAGAACCACUGGAUCGUGAUAAGCAGAAGAUUCAUGAGAUACGCAUCGAGGCCUAUGAUCAGGGUUUGCCGACCUCCUUGAGCACCGAUUUGGAUUUGACCAUUUACAUACGUAAUGUAAAUGAAUAUGAGCCACAAUUUAUUGUAGAUGAAAUUGCUGUCAAUUUUACUGAACAUGCUGAUCCUGGCGCGGAACGAGUCAAACUUCCUGACACCAUUGAUAAAGAUGAAGUCGACGAUCUAGAUGAUCCUCCUAGUCAGGUGUGUUAUUUCAUUGUGAAAGGGAAUGAUGAAGAAAAUUUCCAUUUGGAUCCCGAGACACAUAUUUUGACAACCCAAAAACAAUUGGAUCGAGAAGUUCAAGCAUUCUAUAAUCUAUAUGUUAAGGCAACGGAAAAUUGCAAUGAACCGGGAACAGAUUUCGAUGUGGCCUCCAACAAAAAAUUAGACAUUGAUAUAGAUUAUGAACCUACGAGGCCACACAAUCGACGACAAGGAGGUUUUCUUCGUAACAAAGAAGGUUACGAUCGUUACAAACAUUCAAGAAAUUUACGAUCUAUUGGAAAUGUGACCGACGUCGGCGGCAGUAGCAGCAGCAGUGAGGAACUAUUGAUGACGGAUAGCACCGUUGUCAGGGUGCGGGUACACGUUUUGGACAUCAACGAUAAUCCACCAAAAUUUCGUUCGAAAAUUUUUACGGGUGGCAUAACAACAAGUGCUGAUUUUGGCACACGAUUUAUGCGCGUCGAAGCUGAGGAUUUGGACGAGGGACCAAAUGCCAUAAUUAACUAUUAUCAAGUGGGUGAAAUAAGACAAACCCUAUCAGAGGGUUUGGAAAAUAUACGCGCCUCACCAUUUCUUGUGGAUCAGCAGACGGGAGAAAUCCAGCUAAAUUUUGAUCCACAAAAAGGCAUGAAAGGUUAUUUUGAUUUUAUGGUCCUUGCCAAUGACACAGUAGGCAUGAAAGAUGUGGCCCAUGUUUUUAUCUACCUCCUGAGGGAAGACCAAAAAGUUCGCUUUGUAUUUCGUCUCCAACCAAAUGAGUUGAGGGAUAAAAUACAAAUGUUUAGAGAAAAUCUUAGCAACAUCACAGACACCAUAGUCAACAUAGAUGAGAUUAAAGUCCAUGAGAACAAAGAUGGUUCCGUGGAUAAAACCAAAACGGACUUGUAUAUGCAUUUGGUGGGCAAAGAAGAUAAUUCCAUUUACGAAGUAGCCGACGUCUUAAAUCUCAUCGAUACUCAUAUAGAACAUUUGAAUGGUCUAUUCAAGGAUUUGAACGUGUUAGAUACACAGCCUGCUGAGGCCCAGUUAUUGCAGGCUGGUCAACAAGCAAAUGCCAUGUAUAUUUGGUUGGUUUUUACAAAUCUCUUUUUGGCCACACUGCUGGUUGUUACCUUGGGUUUGUGCGCUUCUCAACGCAGUGGCUAUAAACGUCAGUUAAGGGCGGCUAAAGUCAAUAUUUUUCGUAACUCUUCACUAUCUUUACAAAAUCCUCAUGAACCCACGACACGUGUACCAAAUACCAACAAGCACAGUGUGCAAGGCUCUAAUCCCAUUUGGUUAAAGGGUUAUGAAAAUGAAUGGUUUAAAACCGAUGAAAAUUUAAGUCAAAGUGGUCACGAUAGUUUGGACGAUAAUUUCCUAGCUGUGGGUACACCAAAUAUUCAAGAAACUCUAAAGGGCACGGCAAAGCUUUUUAAUCACACAAACGAUUUGAAUCGUCACUUUAAUGUUUACAAUCAAAUCGAUAAAUUAACAAAUAAUGCUCAAAUACUUGCAAGGAAAUUGGAAACAACUGAAUUAUAAGGGGUGCAAAGUCUAUAAUCUAUAGUUUUAAGACGAUUAGUUUAGGUUAUUUAUUUAUUAAGUUAAGUAAUAUAUUUUUGUAAAUAAAGAAAAACUUUUUAUACAUACCAA